CUCUGUCACCAGGCCAUACAUAGCCACUCUCAAUCAGGGCAAGCAGCCUCGACAAAUCAGUGCUCUGUGAAAAUGGAAAAGGAUCUUAAUUAAAGCCUUAAUGCAAAAGUUUACAGAAAUACCAUAGAAUGCUCUGUCUGUAUCUGGAGCCUUCAUAGCCAUGCCAUGGGUAUCUUUUCUAUACUUGCUCUACCGCUGCUUCUCUUAGGGAUCAGUGGAAUUAUUUAUAUUUACCAGUCAGUCAGGUGGCUGCUGUCCAAGUCAGCAGUGCAGAACAAGGUGGUGGUGAUCACAGAUGCCAUCUCUGGACUAGGCAAGGAAUGCUCUCGUGUGUUUCAUGCAGGAGGAGCAAGGCUUGUGUUGUGUGGCAGGACAUGGGAAAAGUUAGAAGCCCUUUAUGAUGCCUUAAUUAGCGUGACAGACCCCAGCACGACCUAUGCACCAAAGCUGAUACUUCUGGACAUCACAGACAUAAGCUGCAUUCGAGAUGUAGCCAAGGAAAUCCUGAACUGCUAUGGCUGUGUGGAUAUACUGAUCAACAAUGCAAGUAUGAAGGUGAAAGGAGCAGUGCAGAGCAUUUCACUGGAACUUGAUAAAAAGAUAAUGGAUGCCAACUAUUUUGGACCUAUAACGUUAACCAAAGCCAUUCUUCCUAACAUGAUCUCAAGAAGAACUGGCCAAAUUGUUCUAAUUAAUAGCAUCCAAGGGAAAAUAGGAAUUCCAUUUCGUGCAGCUUAUGCUGCUUCCAAGCAUGCUGCUGUAGGCUUUUUUGAUUGUCUUAGAGCUGAAAUGGAAGAAUUUGAUAUUUCUGUCAGCACUGUGAGUCCAACCUUCAUCUGUUCCUACCAUCGCCCACCAGCACCAGGCAACUGGGAGGCAUCCAUUUGGAAAUUCUUUUUCAGGAAGGUGUCCUAUGGUGUGCACCCCGUGGAGGUGGCAGAGGAAGUCCUUGCCACAGUGAGCAGGAGGAAGCAGGAGGUGCUCAUGGCCAACCCCAUCCCCAGAGCAGCAGUUUACAUUCGAACAUUCUUCCCCGAGCUGUUUUUUGCCAUUGUUGCCUCAGGGAUUAGGGAAAAGCUGAAGACAGAAGAGGAAAAUUGAUUUUGUUCAGUUAUUUUCCUUGCUUUUGAGCUGAAAAAAAAAAAAAAAAAAGGUUUCUGUUUUGAA